UCUUUGACCGACUUGCUGGCCCAACGAAGAGGAAAGAUGGAGCGGAAGAGUGGGCCGCGGGGGGCCGCCUGACCUUGGCCCGACUCCAGCGCGCAUCUGCCGGACAAAGCCGAGCAUCUUCCCCGCCGCACGGUUCCCAUUUUACGGAGCUUUGUUCUACGCACGGUUAGCACGGUUGCUCCCGCCCGCCUCCGUCACAAACGAGCCUGCCCGGGUUCGGUCCCGUCCCCGCAAAAUGAAAAGGGCCUUCUCGCGGCGAGCGUGCCUCCCUUCCCGCAAACAGCCCACCGGUGAACAACAUGUUUGACUUUGCCGAAAACGCCAUUUUGCACAGAAACGAUGAGCAGCCCGCUAACGUCGGCUAGCUAGUUAGCACCUGGCCGCUCGUCGCCGCCGCCGCAAACGGAACAACAGCACGACCGACACUCAACAAAUGCGCACAAGACGCCAGCUGUCAUCCGCAAUCUUUGUAUUGACGGCGGAUAAGCCGCGGCCGCGUUAGCUCGUCCGCUAGCCGCCGAGCUAGCUAACUAGCCCGCAGCUACACAAAGAUGUCGACCCUAAUCGAGGGGGGGGAAGUCGCUGCUUCGGGAGCCGCUCCGAGCGUCAAACUUACCCGUCCGCCGGCUUCCGCGUCCCGCUACGAGAAGCGAGCUCGGUCGGCGUGCGGAUGCGAACCUUGUGCCCUCAGCGAAGACUCGCCAUGUUUAUUUGUCGUGCAUCUGCUGCUUUGUUUUUUUCUUUUUCUUUUUCUUUCCUUCUCUCCUCCACGCUCGACUUUUGCCUCUUGGCUGUCCGCCGCCGCUACGACGACGACGACGACGAAGCACUUCCGCCGCGCAGGCGUCGUCAUGCGCGCGGCGCCGCGACGCGACGAGCUGUAAAGCACCACAAACCGGCGACGCGAUUUGACGUUUGUGACCCGCUUGUGCAACUUGCCGAGAAGCGUUUUCAUGCAACGUUCGCACCGGCGCCGCAGAGGCCGGGCCGGGCCGGGCCGAACCGAGCCGAGCGGGAAGGAGAGGAGCGCCAUGUUGGCUCGCUGACCACCCGACACAAUUUAUUUGUUUUGUCCUCGUUUGAACACUUCGACUGAUUUUUGUUUGUUUGUUUUGUUAUUGUUUUUGUGUUUUUGUGAUCACACACACGAACGAACCGUCGGCCAUCGGGACAAAAAUAAAAACGUAUCGAGAUGGCUUCGCCUCCUGAUCUACCGUAAAAAAAAAAAAAAAAAAAAAACUUUAUUGGAAGCCACAAUUUGAAGAAAACAAAACAGACAAAAGAGGAGCCAGGGGAUUUGAAAUAAAAACAUUAAAUGAAGACCAUCAACAAUUCUAACUGCUUCACAGUUAAAUAUGGUACUCGUGUAUUGUCUGGUUUAGUUCCCAAAAAGAAAAGGAAAGACGCUUUGAAAGACUAAUUUGGAUUUGUGGAUAUGAAAUUUCACAACACUAUUAAUCAACUUUAAAACACAGACUGGUUUAGUAUUGUUGCUAUCAUUAUUGAAGAAACCUAACCAUACGUGUUUUCAAUUCCAAGCCACAGUCAAUAUUAUUAAUCAUAAAACGGGAUAGACAUUUCCACAAUUUGUUAGGACGUAUGACAUUGCCAGAAUAGGUGUAGCAAAGUCGUUCCGCAAAACGAAAAAUCAACACAAAUGUUUUACUUGAACUCAAGAAGAUCAUGUUUGGCAGAAUAGUAACUUAGAAAGAAGUGUCUUCGUUUAUUUGUAUGGAAGAGUCCAAAUCCAAAUGCUGUCGCAAUUUUGCUAAAAUCAUUUAGAAACGGAUUAUGACGUUUGUCGGAUGCUGCGCCUCUCACUACAGUUCCCAGAAUGCCAAGCGCGGUGACGCCAUAACAGCGCGCUUCCGCAGCUUGGCGCACGAAAGCGACGCGACGCGAAAAUGGGCCCCGUCGAGCUGUUGCACAUGUCGGUGUUCUCGCAAAGUUUUUCGCCGUGCGGACGCUUCCUGGCGGCGGGGAACAACUACGGAGAGAUCGGCAUCUUCAGUUUGUGCGCAGCUCUGAGUCCGGACGUGUCGGAGGCGGGUCGGAAGCCCGUGCUGACCUUUCCAGCUCACGACGGUCCGGUCUUCUGUCUGGAGUCCUUCGGCGGCCAUCUUCUGAGCGCCGGCGACGGGUCGGUCAGCGCCUGGAAUUGGGCCGAACUCAUCAAGAAGAACGUCAAAGCGCUGUGGACCAAGAGACCCCAAUACAAGGCCAGCAUGGAGAUCCCCGAGAUCAACGCCAUGGCCGUCAACCCUCGAGACAACAGUGUGGUGUUUGGCGGCGGUGACAACAACGUUCACGUCUUGGACCUGGAGAACGGCGUCUUCAAGUCCGUCUUGCGGGGACACUCGGACUACGUUCACUGCCUGAGCGUGAGGGAGCGCGAGGGCGAGAUUCUGUCGGGCGGCGAGGACGGCGCUGUCCGGAUGUGGGACAGCAGGACGUCUCAGUGCGUUCACUGCGUGGACGUGCACAAGUACCAAAAAUGUGCCCGCCCUCAGUUUGGCAAGUGGAUCAGCUGUUUAACGACCGACUCGGAUUGGAUGCUGUGCGGCGGGGGGCCAUCGCUUUCCCUGUGGCACCUUCGUUCUCUGACGCCGACGUCCGUCUUCGAGCUGAACGGCUGCCAGAAACGAGCCAGCUUCUUCCAGGACAUGAUUCUGGCGGUGGGCCAAGGCCCCGCCGUGUCCCACUGCCUGCUGGGGGGGCAGGUCAAGGCUCAGAUCCCGUGCACGCCCAACAACAUCAACAGCCUGGAGCUCAACACCAACAGUGCGGAACACCAGGUGUUGACGGUGGCAGGAAGCAGCCAGUACGUGGACGUGUUCACCAACGUGUCCUACAGAGCCUUCUCACUCCGCUUUUGAAGCACACAAACGUCAAGUUAUCAUUGUUUUAGUCUCUUGAAUAAAAUGUCAUUGUGCGUGUACAAGCGAGAGGUGGUCUUGUGGCAUAUGAAAAGGGGUUUUAUUGAUCUUUACAAGAGAACGAGUUGUCAUCUGGUUGUGCUGGCGACUUCACGCGGCGGACAAGCAGGCCUGGCGGACGCUCUGCGCCCACGUGUGCAGAACCUCCGUCAGCGAGUGUUUGUCGGGAAGCUGCAGCAGCUUGGACGCCAGGGUCCUGUGCACCGCCUGCAGGAAGUGGUUGGCGCCUGCGCACACGAAGUCGGGACACACGCACGUUGGAAAGCGGUCUCUGACUUGUUCCCAAAUAACUAACAAAGUUUUAGUGGGGCUGGAUAGUUCCCAAAAUAUCCACAAAAUCCCUUUGGAGCGAUUCAGAAUCAUUAUUCCUGACUCAAAACUUGAUUUGGUUCCGUGAUCACGCUUGUAACUUAAAACAUCUCAAACGAUCAUUUCCCAUUCAUUCCAACCCUAAAUAAAUAAAUAAAAAAUGGUACUGUGUAUUUAUGAGGAAAACUAGCACUAUAAAUUAUACAGUAAUGACAAAUCUGGAUUGAAAUUCAGUUUUGGUCACACGACCUCAAUUGAAUGCUGUUCCUACUGGUGUGUCUUCCUUGGCCACACGGGGGCUGUAUAAGACACUUUGUUGCGGCAGUAUUACGAAUCCCACUUGAGUGCUGGAGCAGCCAAUCAUAUUGCAGCUGGAUGUGUCCUGCCUAGAUUUCAAGUGGCCUUCAUAAAGUGUUAACCUGAACUCAUCAGUGCAGCACUAAUAUCAGUUGUACGGAGAUAAUGUAAGGAUUCCUGGUGGAUUUUGAAUCGAUAAUCUAGUCUGCUAGCGAUACAGUCGUAUCGGUUUAUCGUUCCCAACACUAGUUAGCAUUAAGCUAGCGGGGCCUUUCAUCGGGCAGUUUUGCGGCGGGGGGGUCGCACUUACCGUACUGAUCGGCGUGGUCGGCCCAGUAGGGACUUUGGUCUGGAUAGUCGGCAGGAACGCUGAGCUGCAGUGGAGGAACACUGGGGAGGUUUUUGUCCUCUGCGGCAAAAAAAAAAAAAGAGGUCAGAGGUGAUCGGCGAGGGUGCGGGUGGCGCGUUUCUCUCUCACCCAACUUGCACACCAGGUGCACGGCGCCAUUGUUGCUGCAGUGGGCCGGGUCCAGGUGCACCAGGAACUUGACGUCCAGGCGGGCCACCUCCCCCUGCAGGAUGUCGGGGACCGUCUGGCGCUCGUCCUCGUCCGACUUCCUCUUGCGGGACGAGACAGGGGGACCGCUGGGGGGGGGGGGACGCCACAUACACCGCUCGCAAGAAGUUCCCCGUGUUUGGCUUUGGGGUGACUUUUCAGGAUGGACCUCAAAUGCACUGCAUAUAUAAAACUUAGCGAACAAGCAAGUUUUCAAUAAACAUAACUGUUGUUGCUUAUCUUGACCACUGGAGGUCGCACUGACGCCACAUUGUAUUGCAGUCCCAUACUGCAAAAUGUCAGUCAGCA